AGUAAUAGUUGCAGUGGUCUUUAUAGUAUCUCACAAUCUCAAAAGCCCUCUCUCAUCUUUUUCUUUUGUAUCUUUUCCCACAAGUCGCAUCUCGGGCCGGAACUCCUGCCUCUGCUCCCUUGGCUGCUAGUGCAGUAGGACUGCUACACAAACAAUAUGUCAACUGAGAUAGUAAGCUCUUCAGCUGCAAAGGGAAGUGGAGGUUUGGCACUUGACAUCACAACAAUGUUUGAAAGUUCGAAGCAACAAUUCUCAAUUGGGGGUUUGAUCAGUGUUCCAGAUCACCUUCGCAAACUGGAUGAGCAAGCCUUCACUCCUCUGCUUAUUUCAAUUUGCCCUAUUCACCGCUCCAAUCCAAAAUUACAAACCAUGAAAAAGUGUAAAGUACAGUUUUGUGAGUAUUUCAUUGAACGGGCUAAUAUAAACUUGCAGAAUUUAGUACACACAAUAAGAGAUAAGGAAGAAGAAAUUCGCUCUUACUACGCAGAGACUGUUGUGUCCAGCAUGAGAAGUGAUGAUUUUGUGACAAUGAUCGUGGUGGAUGGGAUGUUCAUUCUUGAGUACUUCAUGAGACAAUCUAACUCACUUUUGGAGGAGGACGAUCCUACAAUACUGGUAUGGAUGCAUACAAUUUUGCAAACUGACUUGGUAUUACUUGAAAAUCAGCUUCCCUUUUUUGUUUUAGAGAUGUUGUUCCAGCAAGCAAACUUUCCGGCUGAAUUAAAAUUAAAACCCCUUUCUUUAAGGGAACUUGCUUUUGAUUUCUUUAAUUGAUACAACUUUCAAAGGAUAGCCCUUGAGGAUUUCAAUGCGAAAAUAGAACACUUCACAGGUUUGGUUAGAUUCUUUUAUCUAAGUGAAAGUGAACAAUUACCGUAUGUAAGACCUAGAGGGGCUAAACUGUCAUACUCUGCAACCCAGCUGCAUGAGGCAGGAAUCAAGUUUAAGGUGGCCCCGGAAAAAUAUGGUAGAUGCUUUCUUGACAUAAGGUUCGAUUUAAAGAAUGGAGUUUUGGAAAUCCCAUGCAUUACGUUAAAUGAUGAGAAAAUACGUCUUAUUCGAAACAUUAUUGCAUUAGAGCAAUCCCAUUAUGUAGGGGACGCAUAUGUUACGGAUUUCUUUGCCAUCUUGGAUUUCCUUAUCGAUAAUUCCAAAGAUGUAGAUUUACUUUGUGAUAAGGGAAUCCUUGUUAAUUACCUUGGCGAUAGCAACGCUGCAACAUCAACUGUCAAUAGUCUUUACACCAAUAUCUUAUGUGAUUAUAUGAACCCUGAAUACUCGAAUAUAUGUGAAAAAUUGAAUGCAUUCUAUAAGAAACCUUGGCAUAGAUGGAGGGCAACAUUAUGGCAUCAAUAUUUUAGCACUCCUUGGAGAUCUACUUCUACUUGUGCUGCUAUUAUCCUUCUGAUUCUCACGCUCGCACAAACUAUAUGCUCUCUAAAGUCCACUAAGUGGUGACAGAUAUGCAGCAGUUUUGCUGAUAACUUUAGCCUUUGUUGUCUGUUAAUUAUCUUUUGUUUUUAGUUGUUACUGUUUUGAAUAAGGGUUUAUCCUCAUCAUUAGGAAGUCUUUUUGAGUGUGUUAGUGUUGGAAAUGGAUCAGAUAAGCAUAGUGCCUAUGAUCUAUAUCCGUUUAAUUAUCCUUUGAGUUCUGUAAUUCUAUUUAA